AUGCAAGUAAAUGCGACAAAUGAUGUUGGAAUCUGCUCAAGUCUUCAAUAUUCCACCUGUAUCCCACCCACCCUGAAGAUAGAGCAGCCCAGUCCGUCACACGCCAGUUUCCCAUCUUCUUCCGCUUCCCCUUCUUCCCUCCUGAUCACCCCACUCUCAACUCCAUCUGCUCAAAUUCAGGCCAGUAGAUCCUUUGAUGGGAUUGCACCGCAAAGUUCGAUGCCUCCUCAUCGAGACCGAAUCCAGAUAAGGCACACGGAGAUGACCGUAAUCUGCCAGAGAAUGACUCUCUGCGAUGGGAACAGCAGGGGAGCUGCACCACCUUCUCUACCCAACAGGUUCCACCUCCAGCCCGUGCUCAUUUUUUCAGUAUCAUACGUGCUUCUGCAAGUCAUUGAAUUUUCGUCGGUGCACUUACAGCUGAAAGAGCUGAAGAAGGCGUUUGCUCGGUCGCCGUACCUGGGUUCGGCGAGCAGAAGGAAACUCGCCAGCAUCAUCAACCUCACGGAGGCUAAGGUCAAGGUAAUUCGCAAAGAGGUUCAUUCAAAUCUCGUAGCUCGGAAACGUACUCAUCCGUUCAUGUUCCUUUUGGGAUUUGAACCAGAAGAGCUACCGUGUUUUUCUCUUCAUUUAGACAAUUUUCACUUGACUAAGACACCGAUACGUGGGGUAUUUAGAGAGGUGGCGAGGGCACUGGUGCCCCUGGUGACUAGCGACAUCUUUCUCUCCUUCCAAUAUACAGUGAAAACUCGUUAA